GCGCCUCCCUUCAGCGCCUUUCUCAGCCCUCCAGCGCCCCAGACAUUCCUGUCUGCCUUUAUCAAGCGACACCGCCAGUCGUGCGCUCACUGCUCUUUUUUCCCUCUAUUCCUUCUCCUUGCAUCCCCACCCCCCCUUAUUCCAUCUCCCAGAGCCAUCUGCAGCCCCUGCCCGCGGCCUGCAGUCCCUCAUGGCGUACAACAACCAAGGUUACCACCUGGGUGACCCCAAUACCGGCUACGACCGCAACGAGAACGAGGAUGAGGUUGGCCGCUCCCUCUUGCAGCACGAGAACCCCACCGGUGCCAAUGCCGACCCUUUUUACGGCGGCGGCAACCCUGACGUCCGCCCACACUCGACCUACAGCUUGACCGAGUCGUAUGCCAACGACCGGCCAACCCAAUACCCCGCCCACCCGACAGAUGGCACCAGCUACUCCGUCUCGGGCGGCUACGACCCGGCCAGCGACUUUGGCGCCGCCCAGCGUGCGCCCUCGCCAUACCAGAGGAGCGAGACCAGCUCCACCGAGGCCUGGAGGCAGCGCCAGCAGCCCGGCGGUGUCGCCGGCGGCCUCAAGCGUGGUAUGACCCGUAAGGUCAAGCUUGUCCAGGGCUCCGUUCUCAGCGCCGACUACCCCGUGCCUUCGGCCAUCCAAAACGCCAUCCAGGCAAAGUACCGCAACGACCUCGAGAGCGGCAGCGAGGAGUUCACCCACAUGCGAUACACGGCCGCGACAUGUGACCCCAACGACUUUACGCUCAAGAACGGUUACAAUCUGCGUCCGGCCAUGUACAACCGCCACACGGAGCUGCUCAUUGCCAUCACCUACUACAACGAAGACAAGGUGCUUACUGCCCGCACCCUGCACGGUGUCAUGCAGAACAUCCGCGACAUUGUCAACCUCAAAAAGUCCGAGUUCUGGAACAAGGGCGGUCCAGCUUGGCAAAAGAUUGUCGUGUGUCUGGUUUUCGACGGUAUCGACCCCUGCGACAAGGGCACGCUCGAUCUGCUCGCGACCGUCGGUGUCUACCAGGACGGUGUCAUGAAGAAGGACAUUGACGGAAACGAGACGGUUGCUCACAUUUUCGAGUACACUACACAGCUUUCCGUCACUCCCAACCAGCAGCUCAUCCGCCCGCACGAUGACAGUGCCAGCACCCUACCCCCCGUGCAGAUGAUCUUCUGCCUGAAGCAAAAGAACACCAAGAAGAUCAACUCGCACAGAUGGCUCUUCACCGCCAUUGGCCGCAUUCUCAACCCCGAGGUCUGCAUCCUGCUCGACGCCGGUACCAAGCCCGGCCCCAAGUCCCUGCUCGCUCUCUGGGAAGGUUUCUACAACGACAAGGAUCUUGGUGGUGCUUGUGGUGAAAUCCACGCCAUGUUGGGUAAGGGCUGGAAGAACCUGCUCAACCCGCUUGUGGCGGCGCAAAACUUCGAGUACAAGAUCAGUAACAUUCUCGACAAGCCGCUCGAGUCGUCGUUUGGCUACGUGUCCGUGUUGCCUGGUGCCUUCUCUGCUUACCGAUACCGCGCCAUCAUGGGCCGACCGCUCGAACAGUACUUCCACGGUGACCACACACUCGCCAAGAUUCUCGGAAAGAAGGGUAUCGAGGGCAUGAACAUUUUCAAGAAGAACAUGUUCUUGGCCGAAGAUCGUAUUCUGUGUUUCGAGCUUGUCGCCAAGGCCGGAUCCAAGUGGCAUCUUACCUACAUCAAGGCCUCCAAGGGAGAGACUGACGUGCCCGAAGGUGCCGCUGAGCUGAUCGGUCAGCGUCGUCGUUGGCUCAACGGUUCCUUUGCUGCCGGUAUCUAUUCGCUGCUCCAUUUCGGCCGCAUGUACAAGAGUGGCCACAACUUUGUCCGCAUGUUCUUUUUCCACAUUCAGCUCUUCUACAACAUGUUCCAGACUAUCCUCACAUGGUUUUCCCUGGCUUCCUUCUGGCUUACGACGGUUAUCAUCAUGAGUCUUGUCGGUACCAAGACGGAUUCCAGAGACGCCUGGCCAUUCGGCAACCGCGUUACCCCCAUCUUCAACACCAUUGUCACGUACAUCUACCUCGCCUUCCUGGUCCUGCAGUUCAUUCUGGCCUUUGGUAACCGUCCCAAGGGUUCCAAGUACUCGUACCUGCUCUCGUUCUGCGUGUUCGGUAUCAUCCAGCUGUACAUUGUCGUCCUGUCCAUCUACCUUGUCGUCCAGGCCUUUUCGAACCCCAAGAGUGCCAAACUCGACACGUCGUCAGCGAGUGCCUUUGCCGAAUCCUUCUUCUCGUCAGACGGUGUGGGUAUCAUCAUCAUCGCUCUUGCUUCGACUUUUGGUCUCUACUACGUCGCCUCCUUCCUCUACAUGGACCCGUGGCACAUGUUCACCUCGUUCCCGCAAUACCUGCUCAUCAUGUCUUCCUACAUCAACAUUCUCAACGUCUACGCUUUCUCCAACUGGCACGAUGUGUCCUGGGGUACCAAGGGUUCCGACAAGGCCGACAUGCUUCCUUCAGCCAAGACUGAAAAGGGUUCGGACGGAAAACACAACGUCAUUGAGGAGCCGGAUCUGCCCCAGGCUGAUAUCGACAGCCAGUUUGAGGCGACUGUCAAGCGUGCUCUUGCGCCCUACGUUCCUCCAGAGGAGAAGGACGAGAAGACUCUCGAGGACUCGUACAAGUCUUUCCGUACCCAUCUCUGCACGGCCUGGAUUGGUUCCAAUGCUACUCUUGCUGUUGUCAUUACCCAAGACAACUUUGACCGCUUCGGUUUCUCUUCCACCGCCUCGACCCGAACGGCGCACUUCUUCCAGGCUCUCCUGUGGUCUACUGCAAUUCUUGCCAUUAUUCGUUUCCUAGGAUGUCUGUGGUUCCUUGGUCGCACUGGUCUCUUCUUCUGCGUCAGGAAGAGGUAAAGCGGCCAAGCGCUACACCAAUGGCAACUUUGCCCUUUUUGAACCCCCCGCUUCGAUUCCCCUUAUUCAAUGUAAUUGGCGUUUCUUGGUGUCUUGGACCUCAGCAGCAGCCGCCGCGGCUGGGAGCUGGGGAUUUUGCUUGUUUCCGAAAGAAGAAAAUGACACGUGCGCAUGGCUGCUUGUAGGGUUGAGAUGAUGACUGGCUUUAGUGCAAUACUCGUUUGUCAGCGCGCACAGAUGGCGAGGUUGGCUCUAUUCAUACAAUGAGACGGGGCAAGAUGUAUCAAAGUCGAAAAUAUGUUCGCCAUGGUCGAAGCUUGCUGGGUUGGUUUUGUAUGUGCAAGACUAUGGGCUUUGUUUUUGAAUCUGUCUAGUCUGGAAUACCAACACAUAUAUAUAUAUAUAUAUAUAUUGAAAUUGGCUUUGUCUGGCUAUGGUAUGUAGUGAAUAUUGUUUAUAAAAGUUAUUUU